CGACCGCCAAGCCACCAAUCACGCCCAGGAAGAGCAGGUGACAACUAUGGCGCCCCCUAACGUUGACAACAUGUUCACGCUCAAGGUGGACAAUGUCCCCUUCCAGAUCGGGAGCGACGAGCUGCGCGAUCUCUUCUCCAAGUUCGGCGAGAUUGGUGACGUCUACAUCCCCCGCGCUCGUGGCUCCAACGAGUCGCGCGGAUUCGCCUUCGUGCGUUUCAUGGAGAAGCGCGACGCCGAGGACGCCAUCGACGGCAUGGAAGGUCAGGAGUUCCAGGGCCGCGACCUGCGCGUGCAGUUUGCCAAGCAGCGCCGUCCCGACAACCCUCGUGAGUUCUACUCGCGUGGCAGCGGCGGCGGCGGCGGCGAUCGCUACGGCGGCGGCGACCGCUAUGGAGGAGGAGGUGACCGCUACGGAGGAGGUGACCGCUACGGAGGAGGUGACCGCUACGGAGACCGCAGAGACGACCGCCGGGACGAUCGCCGCUACGAUGACCGCCGGGACGACCGCCGUGAUGAUCGUUCGCGUCGCCGCUCGCGCUCCCGCUCUCCAGACCGCCGAGACCGCGAACGCGGCAGUGCUGGCCGUGACCGCAGCCGUAGCCGUUCGCCCCACCCGCGCAGCCGCUCGCCGCGUCGCAGCGCGUCACCGCCUCGUCGUGACUAAGUGAGCUGCGGCCCAGCGAAGGACAGCGACAAGGAAGAGGAGGAGUACCAGUUUAAGCAGAGAGGCGAGACCAGACCAGAUCCAGAUGGAUUUUGCUUGUUUUAUCUACUUCGGACGAGUGGUCCUGCAUUGUUGCUGCCUUAUCGAGAGAGUAUUAAACACGUGAACCAACCGGAGAAACUUCAAAAAGAGUCGAGAGAAAAGGAAAACUGCUGGGAGACUCGGGAGAAUCCUGACCAGAGUUGGCGGUUGUUUCGUGGGAGGUGUUGAGGGUGGUGCAUUCAAAAACGUCGUGUAGUGCGGGUCCUGUGUUUGAUGCUGCUGUUGUUCGAGUCCUGUGAGGUCGAGGCAGCAUUGUGUGUGUUCUGAACAGACGACUGAUCGUCCUUCUGUCGCUAUUUCUACUGGUUACCAACCGCAAAGGCCUCGACGGACGUCUGGCGUGCUCAAGCCGAGAUGCUUGCACUCCAGGCAUGAGUAGGUAAGGUAUCUGGCGGCUCUUCUGGCAUUCAAACGAUUAUGCACGCGGGAACUUCUUAGAAACAGACGCACCAACGGCAGUUUGGUUAACAAGAAGCGCCACAGUUGAAGCUCUGUCAUGAUUGAUGGAGCAAAACAAGGCAAGGACCGAGUCAUCGAUCUUAACGGCUGCAACAUUGAUACGCUCAACUGUCGCGCUGAUGAUUGAACUGAGAGACUUUCAUUUCAAAAAUGUUAGUUCAUCCACGAUUCUCGCAAAAAAUAAAGAGCAAAUUGAAAAAGAAUGGCGCGCUGU